AUGCAUCCCCGCCGCCGCCGCCCGCUGCCCGCGCCCUGCCCAGCGCGGCGGCCCCGGGACUCAGCGGCGCGGCGGCGAGCGGCUGCAGCACCUCCCUCCCUGUCUAACUUUUACUGCAGGGUUUCCCCGUGAGCCGAUGAGCCCGAGCCCGUGCAGCGCCAGCCCCGCCGCGAGCCGGGCACGGGCAGCACCUCGGCGAUGGCUCUAACCUUGUUCGAUACUGAUGAAUACAGACCGCCUGUAUGGAAAUCUUACUUGUAUCAGUUGCAACAGGAAGCUCCCCAUCCUAGAAGGGUUACCUGCACUUGUGAGGUCGAGAACAGACCCAAGUAUUAUGGAAGAGAAUUUCACGGUAUGAUCUCAAGGGAAGAAGCCGACCAGUUAUUAAGUGUUGCAGAAGGAAGUUACCUUAUUCGUGAAAGUCAACGGCAACCUGGUACUUACACUUUAGCAUUAAGAUUUGGAAGUCAAACCAGAAACUUCAGACUCUACUACGAUGGAAAACACUUUGUUGGGGAGAAACGUUUUGAGUCCAUCCAUGACCUGGUGACAGAUGGAUUGAUUACUCUUUAUAUUGAAACCAAGGCAGCUGAAUAUAUUGCCAAGAUGACAAUAAACCCAAUUUAUGAACACAUAGGAUAUACAACUUUAAACAGAGAACCAGCACGCAAAAAACAUAUGCCAACCCUGAGAGAUGCACAUGAUGGCAAAGAGUCUACAGGAGAGGAUGAGGUAGCAGAAAAGAGGUUGACAUCACUUGUCAGAAGAGCAACUCUGAAAGAAAAUGAACAUAUUCCAAAAUAUGAGAAGGUUCACAAUUUCAAGGUUCACACGUUCAGGGGUCCACACUGGUGUGAGUACUGUGCCAAUUUUAUGUGGGGCCUCAUUGCUCAGGGAGUAAAAUGUGCAGAGAGGACUCUAUUGUUGAGGAUACAUGAACAUCACACAAGCUCCCUUUCUGCUCUCAAGUUGUGUCCGCAGUUAAAAGAAAUAAUGGAUUGUGGCUUAAACGUUCACAAGCAAUGCUCCAAGAUGGUCCCAAAUGACUGCAAGCCAGACCUGAAGCAUGUAAAAAAAGUAUACAGCUGCGACCUUACAACACUAGUAAAAGCACACUUCACGAAGAGACCAAUGGUAGUAGACAUGUGCAUUAGGGAAAUUGAAUCUAGGGUUCACAUUAAAUACUGUUUACAAGCUUAUUUGUUUGGCUUCAAAAAUAUUCACGGUCUUAAUUCUGAAGGGCUGUAUAGAGUCUCAGGAUUUAGUGACCUCAUUGAAGAUGUUAAAAUGGCAUUUGAUAGAGAUGGGGAAAAAGCAGAUAUUUCUGUGAAUAUGUAUGAAGAUAUCAACAUUAUAACGGGUGCACUUAAACUGUACUUCAGGGACUUGCCAAUUCCACUCAUCACAUAUGAUGCCUACCCAAAAUUUAUAGAGUCUGCAAAAACCACAGAUCCUGAUGAACAGUUGGAAAUCCUUCAUGAAGCACUGAAACUUCUGCCACCUGCACAUUGCGAAACCUUAAGAUAUCUCAUGGCACAUUUAAAGAGGGUAACACUUCAUGAAAAGGAGAAUCUCAUGAAUGCAGAGAAUCUUGGCAUUGUUUUUGGACCAACCCUCAUGCGAGCACCAGAACUAGAUGCAAUGGCUGCACUGAAUGAUAUCCGGUAUCAGAGACUUGUGGUGGAAAUGCUUAUAAAAAAUGAAGACAUUUUAUUUUGAAUUGUUUGGGUUUUUUGUAAAAAGGAAAAAGGAAACAACAAUAUUCUAUAGAUGAAGGAAUAUUUUAAAAUAAUUUAAUUGGCUCUCUUGUAGCUGAAUUCCAUAUUUGCUAUAGCUUUUAAUGUAUGCAGGAUAAAAAUGAAGGAACUCUGUGUCGUUUCUGUAGUGCCAUUCAGCUGAUGUUGACAAAAGAUUAGCACAUACUUUCCAGUACUAGUGAUCCUGGGUGUUUAUCAUGUUUUAAAAAUAAGUAAAAACUAAACCUACUGCAUGAUUGGCUCCCUAUCCUCCCUGUUUUGGUGAGGGUAUGUCUGCAAAGGAAACAACAGAACUGAUGCAGCAUCUUUGUUCUGGAUAGUUUGUGAUUGUAAUUCAGCAUGUUUCUCAGUGUAAACCUGUUGUGAUUUGCUUUUAUGUUCUAUGUAAUUGGUUUCUAAUACUAAAAAGAAAGCAGAUUUCUGUGAAAUGGGGCCUCUGGCUGUACCUUGACAUUUCCUAUCAUCCUUUUCCCACUUUCUUGGGUGAUUUCUCCCUGAUUCCCCUCAGUUCUUUUGCCAGGUAGUAAUUUGUUUUAACAGGAGCAAGAUGUGUACUUUGAAUGUAACUUUAAAUAAUUUUCCAUGCCUUUUAUGGUGAUUGCAGUAAAACCUGCAACACUGAACAAUGUUUCCUUUAGUAUUAUUGUUAUUUCGGUUGUAAUUUGUAUUUUUAUCUGGCAUGCAUAUAUUAAUUUAUUAAAUUUUGCUUUUAGAAAUCUUA